AUGAACAACGGAGUUGUAGUUGUCAACGGAGUUGGCAAGUGGCUGAGCAUUCGAGGUGUCAGUUUUAGCACCAUCGGCACCUUCCAGCUGAACAACGCCAGUGUUGAGGUUGUUGCGGGAGGAACGUGGGACCAGGUCGGCGACGUAUCACUGGUAGUUCCUGCGACGACUCCGGAUGAGCUGGUAGGCGUAACGCUGGACAAUGCCACCUGGGUGCAGCGCGGCGACUUCGACUGCACGUUCCAGCAGUGGUCGGGGGUCCACCUCAAGGGCGAUCACGCCACGUGGCACCAGCAUGGCCAAGCGAGCUUCACGAGCACAAACGCUGGCUACAUAUCCCGAGCUGGUAUGCAACCCAUCCUCGGUUUUAGAGGUGUGAUGAUACUUCUGACCAACAACGAAUUGGCAGGAAUUACGAUUGGGGCGCUCCAGACUGCGCUGUGGAAUCAAACGGAGAGUGUGACUUUCAACAUGCAGGGUGAGCAGUUGAGCGGCAGAUGUAUUGAGGUCACAGCCGUGCAGAACUCCUCUGUCACGUGGCUGCAGAAGGGAAAUGUGACGAUUGCCGCCACAGGCGUGGGGCCGGGGUCGAUUGGCGGGAUUCAAUUUGACGCCUUUGUUCCGUUUGUCAAGCUGGAGUGGGUGCAAGAAGGGUCGGUGACCAUGGAUGUCGAGGUAGUUGAAGGUCAAGCUGUGGGCAUCUGGCUAGGCCCGCAGCCACCGGGCGGAGGAGCGUAUUGGAACCAGAUAGGCGAUGUGUCCAUCAACAUCACCACCAGCAACGCCUUUCUGACACGAGGAAUCGUGACAGAGGAUUAUCUCAAUUGGGUCCAGCACGGCGACCUGUCAGUGCUUCUGUCCGACACCACGAGCCAAUCCAGCAGCCUGCUGGCGGUGUCCUACGAGGGCGGUGAAUGGUUGUCCUACGGUCGGGUGGGGCUCACCACCGAGGCCAACACCGAAGCUCUGAGCCAAUCGCACGCCCUCCAGUACUCGCCACUCAACGCCGCCGUGGGCGGUUGGGUCAACUUCACCCGCGCGGUACAGUUCCAGGGCGCCAGCCCGAACCAGACCGUCGUGUGGUGCGACGACCCCGACAACCUACGGCCGAUCCUGCACGGCCUCCCCAUCGGCACCACCGUCGACGGCAACUGCAGCACGGUUCGAUUCCUGCCGGAGGCCACGAUAGAGUUCGUUACACCGUUCGUGGACCAGUAUGUGUCGUGGGACAGGCCGCUGCGCGUACGCGCCAGGGCGACGGGUGGACCCAUGACCGGCGGGUUCAGGGUCGGGUUCGUCGCGCAUGCAGGCGGCAAUCUCACGCUCACCUCCAACGCCUCGAGCUUCUACUUCCCUCCCGGUGAGAUUCAAUCGAGCGUGGUGGAGCUGUACGUCAAGGAGCGGAACGUAGCGCCCAACACCGUCGGCAGCCUGGCGCUCGCCGCUUCGCCAUACCUUCUGCGCACGUGGUCAGGCUCCAUCGUCGAGUUCGCGAUCCGCCCAUCGACGUCGGUCUUCUCCAACGCCACCGCGGGCAUCCCCUUCCUCCUCGAGCUCGACGAGCUGCGGCCCACCUUCAGCAUCCUGCCCGCCGACCCAGCCCCCGAAGGCAAAGCUGCGUCGUUCGCGGCCGAUCUCUCGGUCGAGUUCACGUUUCCGCGGCUCAACGAGGUGGCGCCUGACGGGUCAGUCGUACAGAGCGCAGUGCUCGAGGGCAAGUGGCAAGCAGUGUCGAGCACCACCAACGCCACUCAGGAGUUCGUGCUCGAGGUAGUCGGCCUUUUCAACGACACCACGACCAAGGUGGUGGCGACCAUAUCGCUGUUCGACAGGCCCGGUACUGCAUUGUUCGCGAACAUUACCCUUCCGCUGAGGCCCGAGCUGGCCAAGCUGUCGCUGGCGAUCACCGGCUGGCCGUGGGUCUCGCCCGAUAACAACCUCGAGGUGGCCAUCGCCGUCUACCCGCCCUUUGCCUCGGCCACAGCCCUAAACACGACGGCCAACAUGACCACGUUCGAGCUGCGCGGCCAGCACGGCGGCCGAGUCGACGCCACCAUCCGCGUGCUCGAUGUAGCGGAAGUCAUCAGCAACACAACAACUACAAUGACGACGAUCGUCACGACGGCCAGCUCCAUCAACACAGCCACAUCGGAGCUGGUCCUGCGCUUCCCCUACUUCGGCAACGCCACGCUCAUUCACGAUCCAGACUUUGGGCUUUUCCUGAAGGGAAAGAAGGGCUCGACGGGAGACGAUCAGACCUGGGUGAUCGCCGUGGCGGUGGCAAUCCCUGUGGCGGUUGCAGUGGUGGUGGCGGUGGUGGCGGUGGCGGUGUUGGUGGCGUGGGUGCGGAAGAGGAGGAUGAGCGCAGGGCGAGGCUCGAUCAACUUCAGCUCGACCGAUGACUUCGCACCACCCAAAAAUGAUGAGCUGUAG